AUGGCGAAGAGGGAGCGAGUGAGAGGAGUGUCGGCGUCGGAGUUGAAGGAGAGGUUGAGGGAAUUGGUGAAGGCUAUUGUGGACUCCGACGACUACACGGUGGAAGCCGCGGACGAAGCUAUCGCCACCCUUUCGGCUCUCAAACAUUUGAAGUCUCCAAACUCUUUGGACGACUUUCGCCUUCCUCCCGAAUUUCGAUGCCCCAUUUCAACCCAAUUGAUGACUGAUCCCGUUAUCUUAUCCACCGGUCAGACUUAUGAUAGGCCAUUCAUUCAGAGGUGGUUGAAUGAAGGCCACAGAACGUGCCCGCAGACCCAGCAGGUUCUGUCUCACUCAAUUCUAACUCCUAAUUACUUGGUCCGAGACAUGAUUGUGCAGUGGUGUAGGGACCGUGGAAUUGAGCUUCCUAAGCCUGUUAAGGACAUUGAUGAAGUGGUUACUAAUGCGGAUAGGAACCAUUUGAAUUCGUUGCUUCGCAAGUUGUCGUUGUCUGUUUCUGAUCAGAAACAAGCUGCCAAGGAGCUUCGCCUUUUGACAAAGCGAAUGCCUUCGAUUCGAGUCCUUGCUGGGGAGUCCAGUGAUGUGAUUCCCCAGUUGCUGAGUCCGUUAUCAUCGCCUGGCACGGCUUCUACUGACCCUGAUCUCCAUGAGGACUUGAUCACCACGGUUCUCAAUCUCUCUAUCCACGAUGAUAACAAGAAGGCCUUUGCAGAGGAUCCUGCAGUGAUUUCUCUGCUUAUUGAUGCCUUGAAAAGUGGAACAAUUCAAACCAGGAGCAAUGCUGCCGCUGCUAUUUUCACAUUGUCCGCGCUUGAUUCCAACAAACACAUCAUUGGAAAAUCCGGGGCAAUCAAGCAUUUGCUCGAGCUUUUGGAUGACGGACAGCCAUUGGCCAUGAAAGAUGCUGCUUCGGCCAUAUUUAAUCUUUGUCUUGCGCAUGAGAAUAAAGGGAGGACCGUGCGGGAUGGAGCCGUUCGGGUUAUUCUGAAUAAGAUGAUGGAACACAUUCUAGUUGAUGAGUUGUUGGCUAUAUUGGCACUCCUAUCUAGUCAUCCCAAAGCUAUUGAAGAAAUGGGUGAUCUAGAUGCUGUUCCUUUAUUAUUGGGGAUUAUUAAGGAAAGUACAUCGGAGAGGAGCAAGGAAAAUUGUGUUGCAAUUCUGUAUACCAUUUGUUUUAGUGAUAGAACAAAGUUAAAGGAAAUUAGAGAAGAAGAAAAAAACAAUGGUACGCUAUCAAAGCUUGCACAAUGUGGAACUUCGAGGGCUAAAAGGAAGGCUAACGGUAUUCUUGAGAGGCUUAAUAGAUCCCCCUCCUUAACACACACUGCUUAG